CACUCGCAUCGCAUGCCCGCGCGCACUCGCGUCUCACGCGCCGACUCGCGCGCACGUUGUGUGGUGAUAAGUGACGUGCUAAGUGACAGUUGUGUUCGUGCAGUGUAAACACGCCUUUGUAUUUGGAGCCAUUGAUUUUUGUGCACGAUGUUUCCCAGGAUACAGGGGCUGUUCCAUUCGGUGACAGAAAAAAGACAGCACAAUGACUGUGGAGAAAACAGUGUGACGAUAGUCACAGAGAAGAAGAUGGAAGAUGAUUCGUCAGACUCUUCUAGUGGAGAAAAUGUUGAAAUCGAAGACAAGCCCCUCCCGAUCGUGGAGCCGGCAGCCUUGGAAUCAACAGAUGAGGGCCACGCUGCGCAGUGCGCAUGCCCGAACUGUGACGAGGUGCUCGCGCGCUUCUCCGAGUGCAGCAUAUGCUUGGAACCGUUACAGUGCUGCGGUCCCUGCGUGUGUCCCUGGUGCGGCGGUGUAUGGUGCGCGCGCUGUUCUCGACGGAUCUCGCGAUGUGCGUGGUGUAGGGGCGCCCUGCGAGCGCCGGCGGCGCCCUGCUUGGCGCUGCAGAGGCUUGUCAAUGAUCUCAUGCUACCGUGUCGGAAUUACAGACGCGGCUGCACAGAGCUCCUCACAGCGGCCACCAGACCGAAGCAUGAGGAAGACUGCAAAUUUGACACCAUGACCUGUCCCAUCACAGCAAACUGCUGUUCCAUACCCUUCGAAGAACUCUCCGCUCAUCUCCAGGGCACCCACAACAUCAUUGCCGUCUACUCACAAAAAAUCAAGAUCCUCAUAGAAAACUUCCAAACCAAGUUGAAGAAAACCGCUUGCUGCAGAACUAAAUACAAGAUCAUUCUGCUUCAUCAAAAGAGCGCGUUCAUCAUCAAAGUAUGCAUCUACAAUUACCACGUCAGAGUAGAAGUGAUGAGGAGAAAACUAGGAUACAUCGCAGACGCCAAGUCUGAAUCUAGGAAAAGCGACUACUGUGCUUUAGUCGAGUUCCAAUCUAAAGCACUAAGUACAAAGUCAGCCAUACUAAUUGAGAAUGAGAAUUAUAGCAAGAAAGCUGAAAUACAGUGGAAUGAUGUAAUCAUGAAAUCGGAAAACGACGAGGCUAUUACGAUUCACGUUAAUAUUGGUAAAUCUGAUGCUGAAAGGAAAGAUUAUGCGGAAUCAUAGUCGGCGUGACGAUGAAUAACUUAAGCUGCUAAUUGAACAAUUUUGAGAAGUCUAACUUGAGACUUGAUUGUGAUAUAAGGGAAGAAUACUAGUAAGCUAAUGUGCUACUGUUGGUCAAUGAAAGGUGGACGGUUUUGACCAAUUAGAGCGUCGGUUGAAGUUCUAAAGACACUGGUGCCAUCUGUUAGCUUGAUGUGUCAUUCCUUUAAAUAAAUAGACACUUUGCUCAACUAUCUCAGUGAGUUAGCUGUCUUAUUUUUAAUCAGCGCCGGAACUCUUAACGAAGGUCAAUUCGGCUUUGGCGAUAUCGUAAAUGUGGUUAAUUAUUUCGGCCUUAAGAGAUCUGUGAGCUUAAAUUGUAUCAUUUCCUGUUAAAAAGGUCAGAGGUUUAGUAAAUUCGAUAAAACGAGUGACGUCUCUCAGUUAUCGGUCUCAUUAUGUGACGGUAUGAACACAUGUUUUAUGUAGUCAGUGUAAAACUCAAGAAAUUGAUAAUAAUUAUCUCUUAGUCAAAUUUCAAGGAACAGUAACAUUCCAAAUAUAAUAUACAUUUCAAAGCAUUUCUUUUCGACGUCAGGUUAUAUUAUAUUGCCAUCGAAAGCCAUUUCUUAAUAAUUCAAUACCUACAUGAAUUUAUUUGUAUUAAAUUUAUGAAUGAAUGAAGCAAAGUUCCAGGUUUCUUUUAUGUAAACGACCAAUUGUGACUGAUCUAGUUUUAAACUUAAUUGUAUUGUAAUACUAAGAUUAGUAUAAUAAAAUUAUUAAUAAAUAUGUACUUAGAUUUUUUUUACACAA